AUGGCUCAUGCCACGAAAGAAGAAUCGGCGCGAUGCAUGUUACGCAGCAGACCUGCAGCCUGGUUCCGAGACUGUCCAAUCGAGCAGAGAGACCUUGAUCUGAUCAAAGCCAAAGACGUGCCCUGGGUGAAUCACAAUCAAGCAAGUUAUCUGCGCAAGAUCUACCAUAUGAAGGGGGGUGAGAGCUUCAAGCAGACAAACUGGAUCGUUGAGACCGAUGUCAAAUGCAAAGCGCUUGUGCAAUCUGCGGGAGCGAAGCUCUAUGGAUUCAAUAUCGAGUCAUCCCCUCCUACACACUGGGCCUCUGUGACUGUCAAUGUCAACAUCAGCGGCACACUUGGAUCUGGCUUUGACUGGGGAUUCCUCUCCACAAGACCCGAGAACAUGAGGAUAUUCAAAGGACCACAGGAGACUUGUUCAGCACAUCCGUGGGACGCCAUGAUCUUACGUGACUGUACCUCGAACACCGACACGUUGGGCAACAUCGGAAGCAUCUCAUCACGCAAAUGGGACAUUUUGUGCAUGAAGAUGUGCGAAGACUAUGACCGUAAAGCCCCUCCAAACUACCUGAGCUGCUCGUUGUUGCUAGUACUGACCUUUGUCAAGAUCCCUGGGCCGUGA